GGGAGGAGGAGGAGGAGGAGGAGGAAGAAAAACGCUCAUACCCGUACUCCCCCAGUUUUGCUGCGUAUCGCGCCGUUUACAGCGGAGCUCCGGGCUCAGGAGCUCACUGGAUGUGUGCGUAUCACAUCAACGCUGGACACAGAAAACACACACUCCUGCCUUUAAAAACUAGACGUGUGUGAGUGUGUUGGCUGUGUCAGGAAUUACACCUGAGCCGGGCAUGUAGUUAACCGGGUUCCUGGGCGUGGGAAGGACGAAGAAAGCCGCUUGUCUACUUAUUUGUCGUGGGAAUGUUGUUGAACUAAAACUUCGGCAGUGACUGAAGCAGCUGCGCAGCUGAAACACGCGUUUUAAUGUUUUAAUCCGGUUUAUCUCGUCCUCACACCGGGAUGUAAAUUUGGGAACUUUUUUCCAAGGACCGGCGACACAGAGGACGAGUUCUCUUAUCUAACUUUUGAUAUCUUUGGGGAAUAUAGUGAGCAGACACGGCAGUACAGUGAGAAGGAUACAGCAGCACGUUCAGAGGAGAGGAGAGUGAGGUGGUUCAUGUCAUCAGAGUUCAACAGGCCUGAACACUGAACAGGAGAGUGAGGUGAUUGAUGUCAUCAGAGAUCAACAGGCCUGAACACUGAAGAGACAUGAUGGAGCGGUGGUGGGCGUGGCAGUUUACCCUGGUAACCCUGGCAACUAUUUACCCCAACCCCUCCCACGGCAAAAACGCAGAGUUCCUCUCUGCCACUCUGAUCAAUAACUUGGUGGCCGAUCCUCGCACGGGCCGGCUGUAUGUCGGCGCAGUCAACGCCCUCUACCAGCUUAGCCCUGACCUCAAAGUCGAGUCCCACACUGAGACGGGACCCAAACGGGACAACAGGCAGUGCACGCCGCCUGUCACUGAUACCUGCGAGGAGGCUGUGGACACCGACAACCACAACAAGCUGCUGCUGGUCCACGGGACCAAAGACGUGCUGGUGGUCUGCGGCAGUAUCUUCAGGGGCAUCUGCUCACUGAGGAACCUGAGCAAUGUGGAGCAGCUGCUGUACUUCAGUGACUCCAAAGGAGAGAAAUCGUACGUGGCGAGCGCAGAGGAGAGUGUCUCGGUGGUGGGAGUCAUGUCAUACUUCACCAAGGAUAAAGACAACUUCACCGUGUUCCUGGUUGGUAAGGGGUACGGCAGCCAUGACAGCACCAAGCUGAUCUCCACCCGCAUCCUCCAGGACUACGGUGAUUGGGUGGUUUUCGACAGCAUCAUUGAGGCCUCUGCAGUUCAGGCCAACCCUUUUGUCCUGCGGUACCUCCACGACUUCCGCUUCGCCUUCAAAGAUGGCGGCUUCGUGUAUUUCCUGUUCUCACGGACACUCGGCGUGCAGGACACCAAGAACUUCACCUUCAUCUCCAGGAUGUGCGAGAACGAUCAUGGUUACUACUCGUACACCGAGCUGCAGCUCAACUGUAGUGCUACCAACAAGUACAAUAAAGCUCAGGCUGCCUAUGUAGCAACACCAGGUGAUGUCUUGGCUAAGAGUAUGACCCAGUCAGGCCAGUAUGGAUCAGUUUCAGCCUACGACAAGGUGCUGUUUGUCACCUUCACUUCUGAUGAAGACCCAUCCUCCUCAGCCAUGUGUAUGUACCCUCUGCGCUCUAUUAAUAAGAGGCUGGUGGAGAUAAUAGGAGCCUGUUACAGUUACAAUGGCAUCAUUAACGAGAAGGCUGCUGUCUACUCGCCUUACUCCUCCAAGUCUGAGGAUCUGUGCAGCAGCAAUAGUCAGCAUGACAUGGUCACCACAUACAAUUGUGGAGCCGAGUUCCUGCCCUCCCCGCUGGCCAGCAAGGCAGAGUUUGCCUUAACGUCAGAUCCCUCGUUGGCUCGUAAGGGUCACAUGACUGCUGUGGCUGUGGCUGUGGAAAUGGGGCACGCUGUGGCGUUCCUGGGCACCACCAAUGGAGAGGUGCUGAAGGUGCAUCUGUCGGCCCAUCCUGAGGUAUACGGGAAAGUGCUGGGCGAACUCAACAAGGUCAACAAGAACCUCCUGUUCGAUUCCAGCCACCAACACCUGUACAUCACCACAGAGAAAAAGAUCACCAAGGUUCCGGUUCAGGCCUGUCACCUGAAGACAGACUGCCACUCCUGCAUCGCUAUGAAGGAUCCGUACUGUGGUUGGUGUGUCCUGGAGGGAAAGUGCACCACGAGGCAGGACUGUAGCAGGUGGACGGAGGAAAACACCUGGCUGUGGUCACCCAAUCAGCAGUGUGUUCAGAUCCAGGCCUUCGACCCGCCGAACCUCAGCUGCAAGAAGACACAGCAGGUCGACAUCAGCAUACCCACCCUCCCCAGGCUGAUGCCGUCUGAUACCCUGCAGUGUGUCUUCGGCACUAUCGUCAGCACAGCCGUGAUGGGCGUCAACGGUCAGGUGCAUGUCACCUGUUCGCUGCCCGACCCCGGGGAAAUCCCGGCCACUCCCAACCAGCAGGACUACGUGUCUGUCCCAGUCCAGGUCCUGGUAAACAAAAUUGAGGUGACGUCAGGAGAGUAUCACUUCUACAACUGUGCUGCCACUGUCAGGAAGAACCAAAACACACCGUGUAUAGCGUGUGUGACCAGUGAAUGGGGAUGUCAGUGGAACGCUCAGGAUCACAGCUGCAGUGACAGCAACGACGCCGUAGGUGGAGAUCACAUCAUCAAACCACAGCAGCCUGGCAGUUGUCCUCAGUUUGAGUCUCCUGAGCCGCUGUUAAUCCCUGUGGGCUUCCAGAUUCCCAUCAGCUUCGAGGGAAGAAACCUGGGCAUCUACAUGGGUCGGAGGUUCGCCAUCGGGACUGAGCUGAUGAAGCACAUCGAGGAGGAGGUCACACAAGUGGAAGGGUCAAAGUUCAAAUUCGCAGGUUUUGAGUUUGCCUAUGACAAGCAGCAGGAGGUGAACGUAUCCUUCCAUAUCAAAGACAGAGACACUGAGAGGAAGAUUGACAGCACUCUGACAGUCGUGCUGUAUAACUGCUCAGUGGGAAGAGAAGACUGCAGUCUGUGUAAACACGCCGACGCCAAGUACCAGUGUGUUUGGUGCGCCACCUCACGCACCUGUGUUUACCGGGAACUCUGCCCAUCACAGCAGUCCGCACAGUGCCCCAACCCGGAGAUCACUGAUAUCGUCCCUCGCUUCGGUCCUCUCAAAGGUCGGAUCUCCGUGACCAUCAAAGGCUCCAACAUGGGAAUAAAGAAGGAAGACAUCAAGAAGAUCACCGUGGCUGGAGUGGACUGUAAUCACCAGGCGGACAGAUACUCCGUCUCUACCAGUGUGGUGUGCGAGAUUGGCCCGAUGAGGCGAGUUCCACCGCCGUUUGACCUUCCGGUUGAAUCAACCAAAAGUGGACCAGUGUACAUAGAAGUGGAGGGAGGGAGAAGUGGGACAUCUCAGGUCAAUUUCACCUAUCGGGAUCCCAAACCAGUCUCCGUUGAGCCAAUGAAGGGUCCAAUGGCUGGAGGGACAGUCAUCACCAUCAGGGGAGAAGACCUGGACACUGGGACUAAAGACGACGUCACCGUGACUAUAGGGGGAGUCACCUGUGAAGUCCUGUCAUUUGGCAUAAACAUCACCUGUAAGACCGGCAAAUUUCGGGCACCCUCUGACCCGUUAACGGUGACGGUGAAAUAUGGAGCAGACACCACCAAAGACAUCCAAACAGCGUACCAGUACACUGAAAACCCCAAGGUCAUAGAUUAUAACCCCAAAGCCAGCUUCGUGUGUGGCGGUCGAAGGAUCGUGGUAGUGGGAAGUGGUUUUGACCUGAUCCAGAGAGCCACGAUGAGAGUCCAGCCCUCUACUGACGAGUUUUCACAGGCCACUGCUCCUGUAGAGUUCAUCCAGGACACUCUGAGUAAGAACGACACUGUUCUCCAGUUUUACUCUCCGUCAGUGAACAGCUCCUUCAACACCCAGUCUCUCAGGACGUCCCUGCAGCUGGACAACGUGUAUGAGGAGCUGAAGAAUUUCGACUAUCACCCAGACCCCAGCUUCAACAAGCUCAACAAUAGCGCCAUCACAGAGGCCAGCGUCAUCUUUGUGACAGGCCGAGGUUUCUCCAAGGCGAUGACCGCCAAAGAGGCCCAGGCAUUUGUUGGAGAUGCCUCCUGUCACGUUAACAUACUGCAGGAUGAUAAGUUGAUCCUGGAGGCUCCUUCAUCACCGCCCAGAGCCAGGUCCAAACGCCACCGCAGAGACACAACCAACGAUCUGCUGGACCUAGUGAUAAAGUUUGGUCAUGGCGAGUGGGUAGUUGGUUCAGUCUACUACGCUAGAAAAGACGACAUUCCUCUGGCUAUAAUCAUCCCUGCAGUCAUCGUACCGAUGCUGCUCUUCAUCGCCAUCUCCGUCUACUGCUACAGGAGGAAGAGUCAGCAGGCAGAACGAGAAUAUGAGAAGGUCAAACACCAACUGGAGAAUUUGGAGGAAAGUGUCCGAGAUCGCUGCAAGAAAGAGUUCACAGAUCUGAUGAUUGAAAUGGAGGAUCACACCAGCGACCUGAGUGAGGCCCGGAUCCCCUUCCUGGACUACAAAACCUACACCGACCGAAACUUCUUCCUGCCCUCCAAGGAUGGUGCCAACGACACCAUGAUCACAGGAAAAAUACAAAUCCCAGAAGCCCGCAGGGCCAUUGUGGCUCAGGCGCUCAAUCAGUUCUCCAACCUGCUCAACAGUAAAACCUUUCUCAUCAAUUUCAUCCGCACGUUGGAGAGCCGUCCGGACUUCAACGCCCGGGCUCGGGGUUAUUUUGCCUCCCUGCUGACGGUGGCGCUGCACGGCAAACUGGAGUAUUACACGGACAUCAUGAGGACGCUGCUGCUGGAGCUGAUGGACGAACACGUGCAGAGCAAAAACCCCAAACUCAUGCUCAGGAGGUCAGAGACGGUGGUGGAGAGGAUGCUUUGUAAUUGGAUGUCCAUCUGUCUCUAUCAGUUCCUGCGGGACACAGCGGGAGAGCCUUUAUACAAACUGUUCAAGGCCUUGAAGCACCAAGUGGAGAAGGGGCCAGUGGACGCCAAGAUGAAGAAAGCCAAAUACACACUGAACGAUACAGGACUGUUGGGUGACGACGUCGAGUACUCUGUGCUGACUCUGCAGGUGUUGGUUCACGGGGAGGGACCAGAUGUGACUCCAGUCAAGGUGUUGAACUGUGACACCAUCACUCAGGUGAAAGAGAAGAUCAUCGAUCAGGUCUAUAGGAAUCUGCCGUACUCACAGAGACCGAAGGUGGAGAGUGUUGCUCUGGAGUGGCGUCCUGGCUCCACGGGUCAGAUCCUGUCCGACCUCGACCUGACCUCCCAGAAAGAAGGACGCUGGAAGAGACUCAACACAUUGGCUCAUUACAAUGUUCGGGAUAAUGCCACAUUGGUUCUGUCCAGAGUUUUGCACACACAGUCUUUCCACCAGCAUCAAGACAGCCAUGAAGAGAAAAACGCCCUGCUGGAGGACGACAACACCUUCCACCUUGUGAGACCAGCAGAUGAAAUUGAUGAAGUGAAGUCAAAGAGAGGCAGCAUGAAGGACAAGGCGAUGACCAAAGCCAUAACUGAGAUUUACCUGACCAGGCUGCUCUCUGUCAAGGGCACUUUGCAGCAGUUUGUGGACGAUUUCUUCCGCAGCGUGUUGUGCUCGAGCUCCGUCGUCCCUCCUGCCGUCAAAUACUUCUUUGACUUCUUGGAUGAACAGGCGCUGAGACACGACAACGUAGACGAGGAGACGUUGCACAUCUGGAAGACCAACAGCUUGCCUCUGCGAUUUUGGGUGAACAUCCUGAGGAACCCCCACUUUAUCUUUGACGUCCAUGUGACGGAGGUGGUGGAUGCCUCGCUCCACGUCAUCUCUCAGACCUUCAUGGAUGCCUGCACCAAGACGGAGCACAAACUCAGCAGAGAGUCUCCCAGCAACAAGUUGCUCUAUGCAAAAGAGAUCUCCACAUACAAGAAGAUGGUGGACGAUUACUACAAAGGCAUCAGACAAAUGGUUCCAGUCAGUGACCAGGACAUGAAUACACACCUUGCUGAGGUGUCCAGGCAACACACAGACAAGCUGAACACCCAGGUGGCCUUACAUCAGCUGUACCAGUACGCCAGCAAGUACUAUGAUGUGAUCAUCCAGUCGCUGGACGAGGAUCCAGCAGCCCAGAAUAAACAGCUCACCCUCCGCCUCCAACAGAUUGCUGCCGCCCUGGAGAACAAGGUCACUGAUCUUUGACCUCUGACCUCCUGGAGGCAUCAGAAUGUUAACGGCUACUAAAACACAGGAUGUUGUUUUCCAUUUAAGGACUCAAAAGAGAAUGAGCUUGCGGACUCACCUGAAUGUUUGACCAUGUAAGGACUGAAGUGGGAGAGGCUAGUGGAGCCACAGGAAGCUGUUGACCACAAAUGGACUGAAGAAGGUGGAAUUAUGGGACUCUAGGAGAGCUAAGGAAUGGAAAUUUUGGGCAAAUGAAGUGUUAAAAACAUGCUCAGAGUGGUGCAAACUGAAGCACUGAUGUCUACUGCAGUAUGGCGUACUUCCACUGGGCAUCCUAAAACAAACAUCAAGGAGGGAUUGAAAAUGGCGACAGUAAUAUGGCUGCAGAUGGGAGCUCUGUGAAAUCAAAGGGUUAUUUUUAUAAUGGUAGCUAGGGUAUUGGUUUGCGUAAACCCCGGACCCUAGCUGGAAGUUGUUUCUGUGUUUGGCUUCUCUACACCACAAAUUCUAAUUUAACGAUAUAAAAAGUGAGGAGAAGAAGUGCCACACGAAGAAUGAAGAUUGAAGAUUUUUUGAUAAUUGAAGAAUAUAAGUGAAGUUAAGACACAUUACCAAAUAUUUACUUUUUGCCACUUAAUGCAUUUGGAAGUUGGGAUUGGAAUUGCACAGCUUCAGGAUGCUCUGUGACCACUUUCUUCAUCUAUAAACUGUAGACUUGAGUUGAAUUUGCCUCUAAAUGAUCUGAUCUGAGAUCAGUUUUUCUGACUUCAUACAAAAUGGUAACAAGGAAAAUCUCAUCUCUUGUCAGCCACAGAGAACAGUUUUCAUCCUGCUUUGAUGAAUUUUUACCUUCAAGCGAGCUCAAAUGAAAAAUAAUGAAAACCAAUGAAAACCCACUACGGUACGUACCACUGGCCAAUCAGGGGUCUUGGUUUGGUUUUGACAGCACAACUGAGGAGAGUGAAUUCAGGGUACGAUGACUAAAAUUAAGCCCAAAAAUCAAACCACAACAUAGGCUUUUCUUGUAUCAUGGCUAAAUCAGAUCUGAUUAGCUGCAGUAUGUGUUUUUAUGCUGAUGACACUGUGCUGUUGCCUCGAAUCACAGCUGAAUCAUUUCAUGCUGUUUUAGUUUGUUGUUUAGUAUUAUUCUUUCUGCGCAGGCUUUAAGCACAGGCUUUGCAUUUCCAUAUACAAUAUGAAAUUUUUAUUUUUUAAUGGACUGGUACAGUGCCACUUUCUUUUUGAAGUGUUAAUCAGGGUCCACAAUGUCCUAUCCUGUGCAUAAAUAUGUGGUAAGUGAGGACCAGCUUGUUUUUACUUCCUGUGAAAAAUCAUGACUGCCUAAUCAUGUGGUGUAACCAGCCAAACACUUUAAGUGAGAUUUGUCUUUGUUUUUAUAUUAUGUAUGAUCUCUUUUGUAAUACUCCCUUCAUAGAUACCACUGCAUUUUUCUCUGUUUAGCUGCACAGAUAAGAGAAAAUGACUUCAGUGUGAAGACUGAGUAGACAUGGAUCCCACAACAAUUAUUAAAAUAAAUCAAAAAUUAAAGUAGUAAAGUGUUAUGUAUUAAAUCCAGUUAUUAUUGGCCCUGUUUCUCCAUCGUGCAUCGAUAGUAUUGUUAGAGCUGCAAGAUUAAAACUGAAUAAAAAUCUGUUUUUCUAGACACAGUUAGACUUAAAUUUUCUUCCACCAGGGUAAUGCAGUCAGUACAUAUAUUUAAAACACACAGCCAAAAAUUUGAAUGUCUCCAAACAAUUAAUUAUUCUCUGUAUCGAGCUACAAAAAACACCUGCAAACUCUUUUCUCCAUUUUUUGAUAUUUUUUCUGUUUUUGUUUUCAUAUUUUUGUGCAAAUUAUUAUUUCCCGGCACCUGUAAAGACUCUGUGGACAUGCAUGUGCCUCCUGAUGAUUUCCUCCUCCUUAUUCUGUCCAUUAAAUGUUUCAUAAUGUGCAUGAGGUUUGUUUAAUCAGAAAUAGACUGCAUUAGUUUUUUGUCUGGCUCGCUGAAACCUACGCAGACAUUGUAAGGAAAAAAAUCAGUAAAGCAGAAUGAGAAAAAUAUGUGUAUGUAAACUCUUAAUCAGAGAAAUUUGGGAGAAAAAAAAUACAUUUUUAAUACAAAAACCUUAUGGUCAUUUAUAUUACAGACCACUCUGUAAGUGACUGAAUUGUGGACCAAACUAUUAGAAAAUCUGCAGCAGUCUUUGGGUUUAAGUGCAGCUGAAGCAUAAACUCAUUUAUCUCCUAUGCUUCAUAUUAUUCAUCGUCACUGUAGAAUCAUCAUAUAUCUGCAUUAUUCUUUGCCUUCUGAGCCCAGACAACGUGCUUUAUGUAGUGCUUGAGUUAAUAUCAAAGAUUAAAUAUGCAGUUUGUAAGUUGGACGAUAAAUCCUUCGCCUUCUGGGAAAGAAGGAAUUUUUUUUACCGCAGAAGUGCUUUGUUUUUUUGUUUUGGGUUUUUUUUCUGUGGAAGCUUGAUUUAUUGAUUCCCCAGAGCUUUCAAAUCUUACAAACUGCAUCUUUAAAUUCUGAAGCAAUACGACCUUAAGGCUGGUGCUGUAUCUUUGUACUCAUGUCUUGAAUUCCUUAAACUGUGGAUGGACACACUGCAAGGUUUUGACCAGAAUUUGGCACCACAUGACCUCCAGAUACAAAGACUGAAAUAAACACAUCAUAGCCUGUUUUGUUUUCCUCAUAAGCUUUCUUCUGGGCAUUUCUCAGAAAUUUGUUUAUGAAAACCACUUUGGUGCCAAAUAAUUUCAAGGAACUAUUGUGUGUGUGUUGUAGUGUGUAUAAUUUCCAAGGCUUGGGCUGUCAUUUGAGUUGUAUGUUUGAUGAGUGUAGGCAGAAAUGAGGGGAACAAACAAUUGUGUAUUAAAUAAUCUGGUGGUACUUUUACAAAAACUCUGGAAAUGUGAAACUUUUUGGAGGUUGUUUUCAGCGCUAGCUCUGACACUCAGAUGUCAUAAGAUCUUUUGCAAAGUUUCACCAGCUUUAUCAAAGCCAACUGCCGCAUUUGCUUUUGAUGUUCAGCUCUUUAAAUCCUUUUGAAAAAACGUUGUAUGACUUUGUGUUGCUGAUCUGAGUGCAAUCUCUACUUACUAAUAUAGUUUAUUAAUUGUAAAAUAUGAGACAUCAGUUUUGUGUUAAGAACAGUAUUUUACGCAGUUUAACUCUUAUUAUAUUUCUAUUCCACAGCCAACACUAGCUUCUUUCUGCCUUCUUUUUGCCACCAGCGAGUGCCUUAAAGAGUAGAACUGGAAGUAGAUUUGGAAGGAAAAGCCAAAAAAGAUGUCUAGAAACACAUAUUGUAGGUUUACUGCAUGUUUGUGGUUCUUAACUCAGAGACCACAAUAGAAUCUAUGUAAGUAUUCUAGAGAGGGCAGAGUUACUGUGAAAUGUUUUUAAAGCUUGUACAAAUACAAAUUUCAACAGCUGUACCAUCACAAUGAUCAAUUUCUUUCCCAAAACUCUUGAAAAUCCAAAUAGGAUUUAUGUCACAUCUAGUCAGAAAUCAUUCAGUAGAUUUUUCUUCAGUGGCAGGCAUGCAUAACUAACACAGAUAAAGUGCAUCCGGUUGCACCAGCUGUUAAGUAAGUUCAAACUUCACCUCAUCCUAACAUUAAGUGUUUAUUACUCAUCACUAAAUUAAUAACUAAUGAUUAUUUUUAUGACUUAAUUAAUAUGCUGAUUAUUUUCUGGAUUAAACAACCACCAUCAGUCUAAAAGUCAAAAUAUAGUCAAAAUAUAUCCAGAUUUUCAAUUUUACCUGAAAAAUAACUGAAACAAUUGAUUAAUAAACUAAUCAUUGCAGUCAUUACUUAGCAAUGCCACUAUGAAGCUAAAUGAACCAACUGACAAAACUAAUGUUGGUAAUAUAUGACCUGUUUAGAGAAAUGAGUGAAAUAACAGAGAACAGUCAACACAUCUGACUUGAAACUUGAUAAAUGCUGUUUAAUAAUGAUAUAAUGAUUUUGAACAUGAUUAUAUUUUAAGCUUUUCAGGCAAAUGAUGAAAGAAAUCCUUUUUGAGAAAACCAUAGCGAUGUGAAUGGAACAGAGGCUAGCCAGGAGAUGGGGGCGGGACUUUUCGAUUGUCGAAUGUAAAACUGGAGUCUGCAGAUUAUUUUGGCUUUGCGGGAAUUUAUGUUGCAACGUAUGCAGUCAUUUCAUGCAAACAAGUGCAAUUAAAUAAUAUUUUAAAAAAUCAAGAAAAUAUAGGUGAAAGAACAUUUAGGCUGAUGUCUUUGUAAAGACAUUUUAAAAACUCACCUGAUCUCAUGUUUUGGGGAAAUGUUGUGAUUUCUCAAAAACAAAUUCAUUGUUCAUUACAAACCUUUGUCUUAGCGUACUGGAUUGUGAAUAAUGGAUGGUGGAAAAAAUGUUUGGCACAAACCUGUUAAAAGUGUUGGUUUUACUUAACACACAGCUCUGUUAUCUGUAUAAUCCCCAUGCUCCACAACAGUUUAGUGAUGAAAGAUUUAGUGAACUGCGUAUGUGAUCUUUAAGUCAGUGGUUUUCAGAGGUACAGCAAAAUGUUGAUGUGUAAUGACUGGAUGAAGGACCAGCACAAGGAACUGAGCCUUCACUGUAAGUAGAUUUAUUUGUCCGCUAAUUUGAGGAUAUGUGUGUUUUUAUGAUGUUAAACUGGUGUAUUUGAAAAAUAAUGUUUUAUGAGGCACAAGUAAACAACGGUUUUGAGAGAUUUUUGAAUGUUACACAGAAAAAUGCCCAUUAGCACUGAUGUUGUUAUCAACAUCACAAAGGUUAUAUGUGUUUAUACCAUUGUAACAGUUUGUACAUCAAAUACAACUUUCCCAUUGUUUAUUCUUGUAACAUCAUUGUAGGAAACGAAUGGUUUGGAUGGACUGGACCAAGUGUAGAUUUUUGAAAUGGACAGAAACAUAUGACCAGUAACCAGAAACCAACUGGUCUGGACUGGACUGGAGCCCAAAUCGGUGACUCUUCUGAGGAAGUGGAGAGGUGGGCAGAAAAUCCAGAUCUCAGUAGUCCAAAAUAUCCAAUAAAAGAUGUUUAUACAAAUGGA